AUGAACGCAACUAAAGAACUGACCUUUAGUUUAUUAAACAGAUUUCAAGACAAAGAUAGGUUUGGAUCUGCCCAAAGGCAUGCCGGUAUCUCACUGAAAGGGUUCAUUUCUGGUAUACUUUUUUCUUUUCUAUACUUUUUGUUCCAGCUCUCCCUUUUCAUUGUCCUACGGUCAAGAUUCAAGACUAUAUAUCAAGCAAAUGUAGCCCUCAAAAUUUAUCCAGAGUCUAAAGCUGGCUAUGCCAAGGGAAAAAAAAGCUAUAAGUUGUUAGUAUUUUCUUUUCUUAAGCAAAUUCCAGAUAGGAUACUUAAUCCUAUAGGAAGUUUCAACCCAGAUGAAAGAUAUGGGUUAGACAAUUAUUUGUUUUUGCGGUUUCUUAAACUAUUAAUAUCCUUUUUUGCAAUUUUAUCCAUUAUCAAUAUUCCUAUAUUAGUUCCAAUUCAUUAUUUUUCAAUGGGCAACUUGGAAGAUAGUCAAGAUGAGCACUACCAGCAGACUUUUACUACAACAAGUGAACUUGACAAGUGGACUAUGUCGAAUCUUUCACAAGACUCUUCAAAUAGACUCAUUUGCCAUUUGUUUUUGAGCAUCUUCGUUGUACUCUGGUUCCACCUGAUCCUUUCUUCAGAAUUGAGAUUUGUUAACCAACUAGGUUAUUCCGUAUUGACGAAAAGUAAAUAUCAGAAUAUUUUGUAUUUGGAAGGGUUGUCAAAUGAACUGAUUACCGAAGACGUGUCUUUGGAAGCUAAGUUCGAGCGGCUAUAUCCCGAUUGCGUGGAUGCAAUCUACUUUAUUCCAAAAGAUUUGAGAAAAGUUCACAAUUUAGAAAUAAAAUUAAAUAAACUACAAAAAUCAAAAGAACAAGUUAUUUUUGAAAUCUUUCUGGAGAAAUAUUUUAAAAGGAUUUCAAUACAAAGACAUUUAAUAACAAAUCAUAAAUCAUUUUUCCUCUCAAAGUUGAAAAAUCAUUUACUAUUUCAGUAUAAAAGAUUCAUCUUUCUAUCUCAACAUCGUAUUGCGUAUUAUUGGGCAAAGUUUGGUCUCCAUUGGGAGAAAUUAAAAGUAUUUCCGUUAUAUCACCCAAAAUUUACAUUGAACAAAGAAACCGUAUUAGAAAGGAAAUAUAAAAUCUUGGAUAAAAAAAUACGGAAGGAAAAACUCAUUAAGUUUCGGGUUAACUCCUUAAAAACAGUUCCAGACAUCAAGUCAUCACCAUCUGCUCAUAGUUCACCAACUACGGAUAUAUAUAUGAACAAAGUGUUCAUUUGCUUCAAAUCAACACUAAUAUCAAAUAUCAUAGGUGAAAUUUUGUCAUAUAAAUUACCAACCCAGAAUUUAAAAGUGAUAAUAGGGCCAAACAUCAAAGAUAUUAUCUGGAGAAAUAUUCUUGAUUCAUCACCUUUUUGGAAAAGCGCUAAAUAUUUCUCGGCAAACAUACUUCGUAUUUUUGUGAUUAUUGGUUGGAUUUUACCUGUCGCGUUUCUUGGGUUGAUAUCACAGAUUCCGAAUAUUUCUUCACUGAUUCCAUUUGCAAAAAUCAUUUACUUUCAAUCUCCGUUUAUAAGAGAAGUAGCGAAGAAUUUAAUCCCAAUAGUGACUUUGAUAAUAAUAAUAGAAAUUGUUCCAUACUUUUUUCGUUGGCUAAGUUGCCUUCGAGGAUUGAAAACUGGAGCUCAGGUAGAAGCUGACGUCCAAAAUUGGUAUUUUAUCUUUGUGUUCAUUCACCUAUUUCUAGUUGUCACGAUAUCAUCAGGGUUCUCUAUCAUUAUUGAAAGACUUCUCAACAACCCUGUCAGUAUUCCUGCUCUAUUAGCUAACGACUUGCCCAAAUGUGCCAACUUUUUCUGUUCUUUUGUUUUGAUUAGAGGCAUGGCUUAUGCAGGUGGUAACUUACUUAGAAUAAAAGAACUACUCUUUGAAUUAUUCUAUUACAAAUGGAAGACGUGUAGCCCACAUGCUCAGUUUAAAAGAUUAAAGACAUCUUUAUUUUUCCAGCUAGGAUCUAUUUAUCCUAUUUUUUCAGUUUUGGGUUGUAUUGGCAUCAUAUACAGUGUCGUUGCUCCUAUUAUAUUAUUGUUAUGUUGCAUUUCAUUUUCCAUGGUUUACUUCUCCUUCAACUAUCUGUUUAAAUACCAAUAUAAUAUAGAAAACUACUCUGAAACGUUUGGUAAGCUGUAUGUACAGGCUUUAAUGCAGCUAUAUGCAGGCAUUUACUUCAUGGAAUUUUGCCUACUGGGACUCUUCACUCUUUUUGAUCAAUAUACAUUAUCAACGAUAAUGAUUGUUGUCUUUAUCCUUACUGUUAUGGCACAUUCCAAAAUCUCCAAACAAAUCAGAUCGAAACCUCAACAUUUACCUACCUUAGAAUACUUAUCGAGCUUAUCAUCGGAAACAAAGGACCAAUACUACCACGAAAGUUACAGUUUUGAUGAUAUUUUUUCAGUUCGAAAAGGUUUCGAUAAAAUUUGGCUACCAAGGGACAAACUGGGAAUCUCAGAAGAAGAGCAAUCCUUUUUGGAGAAGUCAUACCGUUUGAAGUUCGAUCUUAAUAUGUAUUCCAUGGACUUAUUCGGGGAUUGCCAUUUAGAUAACGGCCAUUUGCCUUGA